AUGCCGACGAGUCAGCCAUCAGAGCUCACUUCUCAAGACUUGCGUGCGCCCGUCUCUGCCAUGCACAACAUGAGCCAGAACGAAGAGUCCAGGCAUCAUUCAUCCAGAGCCUCUACAGAUACAACAUACUGCACUAAUCAGACACAAGCGAAACCCUCGGGCAUCCUAUUCGGGAGAAAUGUGAAACAGACAGACAUGGUCUCCAAGGGCAUAAUCGACCACCGACAGGCGAGACAACUUUUCACCUCUUUUGAGGCCUUGCGGUUUCGUGAACCUUUUUGUUUUGGUGUCAUCCUUACACUGGCUUGCUGCAUAGAUAGCUUGCUGCAGAGAGAAGAAUGCCUGUCAGAAAUCAAAGAUCUCAUUGCAAGGACUCUGUUUGAUUGCCGUGCAACUAUUGGUACAGUGCAGGGCAUGAUGCUCCUCGUCGUUUAUGCCGAGAAUACCUGGUUUGCCAUCGGCCAUGCUCUGCAGAUGGCCCAAGAUCUCAAGCUUGACCGUAUCUUGUCUGACCAACAGGUCCAGAACCAGCCCGGUGUGUCUGAGAAUAUUGAACAGCAGCGCCAAACGAUUCGGAACGCUAGAGUCUGGCUCGCGCUCUGUCUUAUCGAGAGAGAAGUUGCGAUUGGAACUGCUAGACCCUGUAGAAUACCCAAAGUUCUAGCUGCCGAUUUGACGUAUUUCGCUCACCAAUCGCUGGCUCAUCCACCCAAUAUGAGAUUUGCAUCUCUUGUCGAGGCAGUUCAAGUUCGAGAUGAAUUCUUGUCCGAGAUCACUGCCGCGGGAGAUCUGCAAGAUACUGGGCUACGUCGACUGCAUCACAUGGAGAGCAAGUUUGAAGAGUGGCUUCAGAACUGGGAUGCGCACCACAGAGAUUACGGCUAUGAUAUAUCUUCAUUUCAGAGAACAAGCCUGCGCGGUCAAAAACACUACGCCUUAAUCUUCCUCGGAUGCGCUAGUAUUAGUAAAAUCAGCGGCAAUCGACAAUUAUCACGAGCGGUCAAGGACUCGAGUGGUACCUUGACUGAGACGGUCAAUUUUGUAAUGGCGAUUGCGUUGAAACAAUUGCAAUUAAUCCUGGAAUCAGAGUCGUACAGGUGGCAUCUCAAAUGGGCAACCAACUAUACCGUUUUAUCCUUGACCUUUACAUGCAUGUUUGCACUGGAAAUGUCCAGACACCGAGAGGAGUUGGCUACACCCGAGCUUUUUACCACGAUAACUGGUAUUGCUGACAUCCUCGCCGGUUAUCACGACGCUUUCUUCUACCAGCUCAUCCAUGCCCGUCUAUCACAUCACCCUAGCGCAUCAUCAUACAUGAUACCAGAGCCCAAUCACCUCGAGUGUAGUCAAAAUCAAGCUGAGACCAGUUCUAGCUCAAAGAAAAUGUCGGCUCAGUGCGAGACUCCCAGCGCGGCUGCUUCCAGUACGCAGUUCCAGAUUCCUCACAACUCUGUGGGACGGCCUCUUCUACCAGAUAUGGAUUUCGGUGGCCAAACUACCCUGAGCCAACUAUUAGAAACACCCGACUGGAUGAUGAACCCUUCCUCCAUGCUUUUGUUUGAUGUGAACGACUGGCAAAACAAUGAUGCUUCGGAGGCUAACUACUAG